CUCCAGUAGUUUUCCCCGCUCCAUUCCUAGGCAUCGCUUUGCUUUCCUUCCGGGGAAGAUCGUUCUGCUUGUGAUCCUGCUGAGGAAAGAGACUCCGAUGGACUUACACCGGGCAGCGUUCAAGAUGGAGAACUCACCCUAUCUCCCCAACCCACUGGCCUCCCCAGCACUGAUGGUUCUUGCCUCCACUGCUGAAGCCAGCCGUGACGCUUCCAUUCCCUGCCAGCAGCCGAGGCCUUUUGGAGUCCCCGUGUCAGCAGAUAAGGACGUGCAUAUUCCCUUUACCAAUGGCUCAUAUACUUUUGCCUCCAUGUACCACCGUCAAGGCGGGGUGCCGGGAGCGUUUGCAAACCGUGACUUUCCUCCAUCCUUGCUUCACCUCCACCCCCAGUUUGCACCCCCCAACCUGGACUGCACCCCGAUCAGUAUGUUGAACCACAGCGGCGUUGGGGCUUUCCGCCCCUUUGCAUCCACUGAAGACCGGGAGAGCUACCAGUCAGCCUUUACGCCGGCCAAGCGCCUCAAGAACUGCCACGACACUGACUCACCCCAUCUGCGCUUCUCGGACACUGAUGGGAAGGAGUACGAGUUUGGCACACAGCUCCCUUCCAGCUCCCCCGGCUCCCUCAAAGUUGAUGAUACGGGGAAGAAGAUCUUUGCAGUUUCUGGCCUCAUUUCUGACCGUGAGACUUCAUCCAGUCCCGAAGACCGAAGUGACAGAUGCAAAAAGAAAGCAACUUUGUUUGACAGCCAGGCUCCGAUCUGCCCCAUCUGCCAGGUCCUCCUUCGCCCUGGGGAGCUGCAGGAGCACAUGGAACAGGAGCUGGAGAAGCUCACCCAGCUGAACAUCAGCAAGAGCUCCAUCCUGAAGGAUGCCAUGGCAGCGGGCACCCCCAAGUCAAUUUUGUUGUCGGCCUCAAUCAAGCGGGAAGGAGAUUCUCCAACAGCGUCACCCCACUCCUCAGAUGACAUCCAUCACUCGGACAGAUACCAGACCUUCCUGCGGGUGCGAGCGAACCGGCAGACCCGGCUGAACGCUCGGAUUGGAAAAAUGAAACGGAGGAAGCAAGACGAAGGGCAGGUAUGUCCCCUCUGCAGCCGACCUCUGUCAGGAUCCGAGGAGGAGAUGAGUAGGCAUGUGGAACAAUGCCUUGCAAAGAGAGAAGGUUCAUGCAUGACUGAGGAUGACUCUGUGGACAUCGAGAACGAGAACGGGAACCGCUUUGAAGAGUACGAGUGGUGCGGGCAGAAGAGGAUACGGGCCACGACCCUCCUGGAGGGAGGAUUCCGAGGUUCUGGGUUUAUCAUGUGCAGUGGCAAGGAGAAUCCAGACAGCGACGCUGACCUGGAUGUGGAUGGAGACGACACACUCGAAUACGGGAAACCACAGUACACAGAGGCAGACGUUAUCCCUUGCACUGGAGAAGAGCCAGGUGAAGCCAAAGAAAGGGAGGCGCUCCGAGGUGCUGUUUUAAAUGGUGGCACACCCAGUACUCGAAUAACACCGGAGUUUUCUAAAUGGGCCAGCGACGCAGAAAUGCCCUCAACGAGUAAUGGUGAAAGCAGUAAACAGGAGACCAUGCAGAAGACCUGUAAGAACAGUGACAUUGAAAACCGUGCUGCCUGCAUAAUAGCAAACCCGGACACAAGGCUGUUUAAAAUUACAGAAGACUCUGCAGUGACAACAUUUGAAGCGUUAAAGGCUCGUGUCCGUGAGUUAGAAAGGCAGCUUUCCCGUGGGGACCGCUAUAAAUGUCUCAUUUGCAUGGACUCCUACACAAUGCCCCUGACUUCCAUUCAGUGCUGGCAUGUGCACUGUGAAGAAUGCUGGCUGCGGACUCUGGGUGCCAAGAAGCUCUGUCCCCAGUGCAACACCAUCACGUCUCCCGGAGACCUUCGGCGCAUCUACUUAUGAAGGACCCGGCGGUGGGGCGGGACCCAGCUCAUCACACCCAGGGGGAGAAGAACGACCGCAACAAAAAAAAGACGUUUUAAAAUUUAAAGAAAAAAAAAAAUCAAAAAACAAACCAGAGACUCCAGACAUGGACUCGAGGAUACAGGAGCAGUGGGGAGCCUCGGCUGCCAGGUCCCGCAAGUUGAGACCUCCUUCAGCAUCUGCAGCGGGCAAAACCAAACCCUUUGUUGUGAAGCCCCCUUUUUUAAAACCAGUGUUCCCCAUCACCCAUUCCCUGGAGCUGGCUUUGCAUUGUGGAUGGCUCGUGAGCCGUCCUUUGGACUGUGUUGUUGACCACUCUGCCCCCAGGAGACUGGGGAAGGGACCCUUGACAGAAAGAUGUUAAAUAACCUGUAACUUGUGUUCUUUGUUCAGUUUUGUUUUGUUUUGUUUUUAUUUGUUUUGGUUUGGGUUUUGGUUUGGUUCUGUUUUGGUUUUUUGUGGUGUUCUAGUGAUAACAAAAAGGUUUAAAGAAAAAAAAAACACACACAGGCAGAAAUGAAGCACAUGUAAUAUAGAUUAUAUAUGUUUACAAUGUUGUGUAUAAAUGGGAUAGACUCAAACAUUACAUACUAAUAAGUUUCCCUUUCUUUUCUUUGGGUUGUAUUUUUUUUAAAGAAGAAAAAAAAUGAGCAGAGAACAUUAAACCCAUAUUUUUCUUGGUUCAGCAAAGUUUUGGCAUUAAAGUCAUUAGUUUAAAAAAAGUAUAUAUAUACAUAUAUAUAAUAUAAAUGGUUUAAUGUUCUGUGGUGUAUAUUUCCUCAUUCAGAUAUGAAGUUAACAGCUUUUAGUAAUGGCUGUAGCAUUGCCCAUAACUUACAGAACUUAUGGGGAGUAGAGGAGGUGGAUUUUUGUCAUUAGUUGUAGCUAAUGGGGCUAUUUAUAAUAGAAUCGUUAUCCCCGGAAAGACACAGCUUUUAACUCCUCACCGGGGGGCCGGGCAGGAUGGAGGAAUCUGGCUCAGCCCCUUUGCCUUUUCCAGCUGGGGAAGGGGCAAACGGUGUGGAGCUGGAAGGAGGGAGUCAGCUGGAGCCCUGCCUUCUCCUCGGGCUGGGAGUACCUGCUCGAGGGGUCCUGCUGAUCCCCUCUGCCUCCUCCAAGGCUGUAGCACCUUCCCCUCCCCUGCCCGGCUUUGCUUUCCUCUCCUCCAGGCAGCAUUUGCUGGCUGAGGAUGCCUGGGCUGCUCAGGACGGUGGGGAGGUGGGGAUGGCAGGGUACAGAGUGGUUGUGCUCGUGGCUUUGCCCAGAGAGCUGGGCCGGUUCCCUCACGGGUGUGGCUGCAGCAGGCCCGGUGCUGCCCAGCAGAGCUGUGCAAACCCUGCAGAGCCAGCCCUGCCCUGCACCCACAUCCCGCAGCUCCCACCCUCCUACAGCCUGCUUUUUGCCCAAGAGGUUUUGGCACUAGGGUAGAGAGCUAAGCCAGCCCUGUCUCAUCCACACCACCACCCCCCAGAGUGUCCAGCAGAGACAUUUCCAGCUGAAUCCAGAGGUCCCCCACAGCCCCAGCUUCUUCCACGCAGUCUCUCAUGCUUGUCCUUGUCUCCCAUAUCCUCAACCUUAACCAAAGCUGCCAUCUGGCCUGGUUUUUUGGUUUUGUUUCUUUUAUUGUCAGGACCCAAGAAACAGAUAACGACCCAUUUCCCAAGACCUCGUGUUCUGAAUUCUCCCAGCUCCACGCUGUGCAUCCCUGCCCUAGCUCCCUGCAGCCAGAAGACAGGGAGAUGGGGAAGCUCAUCUCCCCUGCUCCUGAGGGGUCUUUCCAAGCAGAUCCCACCUGGCAGCAAAACGUGGCUGGGGCAUUUUAAGACAGUCUGGGAACAGUGGUGGAUGAGGGGUUUGGAACUGGGCCACUGGGGUAUUUCCAGAGAGGGAAAGGCUGGGGAGGCAGGAUGUGGAGGGCAGGAUGUGUUCCCUGCUCUGAGCUUGGUGCUGCUUUGCAGAGAACAGCUGCUGGCCUUGGCAUCUCCUGAGUGAAUUCAGAAGGAUCCCACUGCAUCCAAAAAAAAAAAAACCAAACCAAAUUGAAGGAGCUGUUAUUUGAUAAGCAUCUCAUCAAAAGGUGACAAUUCCUAAUUGGGAGUUUCCCGGGUCUCCAAGCUCAUAGCAGUGUGUGGCCUCUGAAACCAGAGAGCUGCAGCCUCCUGUGCUCAGGGACAUGUACCUGCAGAGCUCCCAGGGACCAGAGGAAGCUGAGGGACCCUGGAGGGUCCUGACCCCACGAGGAGACUGCAGGCAGGACCUGCCCAGGGGGCUGUCACUGUUGGGUGACCCUGCACCCAGCAGCACUUGGGCAGGGGAAGGACAGGCACACACAGCUCGGGCUGGAUUUGUGAAGGGAGAAAAACCUGGGGGGGAUGUGGCUGAGCUGGGAGUGUGCUGGUGCUGAGGUCUCAGAUUUGGACAGGGUGCAGCAGGUGGGUUUGAGAGACAGACAGGAAGGCAGGACAGGGCAGGACACCCCAAACCAGCCCUUCCUUGGAAAUAGGCCCUGGGAGGGAGCCAGAAUUUCUGGCAGGUGUUGUGGACCAGCCGUGUGCUCUAUGUACGUAUGUGUAAAACCAUAUGUAACUAGUCAUUGGUUCUUUGUUUUGGGGGUUAUUUUUUGUUUAUUUUUUUUUUGUUUAAAUUGUAAAGCCAUCCCCUGUUUUCAAGGGGGGGAGCUGCUGGGGGAAGGCUGGGGAGAGAGGCACCCUGGUUUGUAACAGGCAUCUGCCACUUCCCCUCUUCUGUAAUGAGUUUAAAUGAUUUAAAAAGAAAAAGAAAAAAAAACCUGAAAUAUCAGAGUUACCUAUCUUUGCCCAAA